CUCUCUCUCACAAGCUUUUUCUCUAGGGUCGCAAUGAUGCUCAUUUAUGAGAUCAAGGCUCAUGAAAAUAACACAGAAGCAGAGACGCAGAUCUUUGUGCCAUUGGCAUCAGGAUGUCAGAAGGGUUGUUACAUCAAAAGGGGGGCAACAUAGUUUCCUCAUGCAAUUCGAAAGAACGGAUCAUGAGCACUACAAAACACAACCAUUAAUCUUUAUGGUUGUUUGGGCACCGAAGCUAGAUUUGAGUCACAUGUGGAAUGCACCGAUUUCAAAGUUGAUGGAGUGCUUAGAGAAUGCCAGAACAUACAUCUGGAGAGAUACGAGUGGAAGAUACAACCCUAUGUUCCAAAUCCAGUACAAGAUCAGGGUUUUUGGAUGCAAAAGACCUCGACCACAAUCAGCUAGUCCAAGUACUCAGAGAAAUGAUUGUCUAAUUAACCUCAAAGUUAAAACAAACUUCGGUUGGGCAAACAAGAUGCAAGACAAUAGAUGGUGUGCUCAUAGUUGUCCCAAUGUCCUAUAACGUUGCAGAUCACGACUUUCCCAUCAAUAUUAUAACAUCGAAUGUGGUAGUCAAACUAGUUACAAAAGCAAUUGACCACCAGAUUUUUACUUAUAGCCAUAGGGAAUUUCACAGAGAUGGACAAGACAACGCGCUAAUGGUAGAUUUGACCUGGUAAUUAUGUUCACUUCUUAUUGUGAUAAUACUAACAUUUAAUGUACUUCUUAACUCUAAAGCAAAACAAGUUAUUAAUGAAACCAAUUCAAAUGUGUAAAUCUAAACUCUAAUGUUACCUAUUUACCGUGAACAUGAUCAUAACUAAAAAGAUAAUUUUAGUAAGUUUUAUGUACAUAUACAUAUAUAAAUUAUGGAAUCUUUCGUGCAUGCAGUAUUACCAUCAUGAAAAGGCACGAAGAACAUUUCAAUCGACAAUUAAGGUUGUCAGUUUUCUACUCUACGAGGUUUACCUAAAUAAACUGUAGAAGGCAAACAAGGGAGCAUUAGAAGGAGAUAAUUCUGUGAGUUGGGGUUACACAACUUUGCCACUAUCCUUUUGGCUCAAUUCUCUUCCACUUCUUGGUUCCUAUCAUCAAUGAGAGAAUACAAUGUAAAGGGAAACUAAUAAUAAGGCACUGUUUUAUUUUUAUUUUUUCCGGAUAGGAAAUAUAGUCCAUAGUAAGUAACUAACAACAACGUGGUUACCUUUUGGGAUAGCUUCUUCCAUGUUAAAGUAAUUAUGCAAAUUUUUAUAUGCUGCGUCAAAAAAUUCCUUAAUCGUUUUUCUUUUUGUGGCUUGUUCCUUAGACUUCGAUGAGAACAAUGUAUACUUUUUUGCUUCACUUCCAU